CGCAGGUGGAAGGGGCGGGCUGGAGGGCGGUGACAGCUAAGGAGGAGGAGGCGGCGCCUGCAAGAGUGGUUUCCUUUUCUUAAUGGGAAGAAGGUUGGGCGGGAAAGGAGAAGAGACAUGGCUGCGGGAGAUGCUUCCCUGCCUCCUCCCGACCCUGGUAACAGCAUCAGACCUUUUACACCAGAGCAAGCCAAAGAAAUUGUAAUGUCUCUUCAGAAACCUGCCGUCUUCUGCAACAUGACUUUUGACUGGCCAGUACUUCAUUGGAGUGUUUCAUAUCUUGCUAAUCUUUUUAAAGGAAAGAGAAUACGUUUUAGAAUAGGAAAAAAGGACAUGGGCACAGCUCCUCUGUUUGAAACAGAGUGCAGUUAUGUAGAAGCUACACUUGAAGAGUUUCUUGCCUGGAGUGGAAGACAGCCUUCUUGCUCUUGUGGACCAUUCAAGGCUUACGAUUUGCAUAAAUACUGGACUUAUGCUGACUAUAAGUACAUUGCUCAGUUGUUUGAAGACAAGCCAGAGCAUUUCCAGGAUGUAGUAUGGUCUGAUUUUGGAUUUGAGGGACGAAAUGGAAGAGAUAGCACUUUGUGGAUUGGCUCAAGAGGAGCAAACACUCCAUGCCAUUUGGACUCCUACGGCUGCAAUUUAGUGCUACAAGUACAGGGAAGGAAAAGGUGGUAUCUCUAUCCGCCUGAAGAUUCCAGUUUUCUCUAUCCUACCAGACUUCCCUAUGAAGAGUCCAGUGUUUUCAGCAAAGUCAACGUAGUCAGUCCUGAUUUGAGAAGUUACCCGCAGUUCAAGAAAGCACAGGCCCAUGUAAUGACGCUUGAACCUGGCCAGGUGCUGUUUGUUCCCAGACACUGGUGGCAUUAUGUAGAAUCCAUUGACCCCAUCACUGUUAGUGUAAAUUCUUGGAUUGAAAUGGAUGCAGAUCAUGAAGCCCGCGUAGAAGAGGCAAUAACCCGGACACUGAUAUGUGCAGUCAAAUCAAUAGAAAACCCUGCUGCAUCAGAGGCCUGGCUCAAUCCUACUGAGGCUGAAAUAACAUCUCAUGAAACCAACCUCAAAUUCUUAAAUGGAGCUGUUUCUGCAUAUUUAGAGAAUAAGAAGACCAGAAUUAGCGGAUUUCAAGAUGCUGAAGGGAUUAUUCAAGAUUCCUGUAAAAAAAGGAAAAUCCAAGUGAACCCGGAUCCACGAGACAUAAGAGUCAAGCCCUAUGAAUCUCAUCUUACAGGAAUCAAAACAAAAAAUGACACAAAGAAGGAUAUAAUGGAGGUUGCCUUCAAAUGGAAGACUAUCUUAUCUAAAAAAAGAUGCAUAGUGUCCAUUGCAGCCUGACACAAGCAUGGCAAACCUCUCAGAUAAGUAGGUAUCCUCUAACAGUCCUUCAACGUCUGUCUAAACACCAGCAAGAACAACCUAAUAGAAAGACUUCUUCCUGACCCUUUAUUUGGCAAGCAGGCACAUCUCCUUCUGCCUCCUUGAAUCCAUCACUUCUUGGAAAAAAGAAUAUAAUUACAGUUCCCUGAAGACAAAAGAGCGAUCAUUUUUUAUUCCUCCAUAUCUACCCAUUGCAGUGACCUUCUCUCUCUUCUGCUUUCAAACCUGAGAUAUGUGUUCAAAUAAACUCUGAAACAUGAGACCAUUGACUAUUCCCUCCCAGUCCUCCCCAUCACCACACAACUAACAACUUGUUUUGCCCUUGACAAAAGGAUCCAGUCCAAUUAGUAAAAAACUUUUUGCUGAAUUGUCUGAAAAGCUUGUGGUACUACCUUACAAUAAACACUAAUAUGAUAUUUGAGUAGCACUAGGUAAUAUUGAGUUAGUUAAUCGCAUUUCCCAUGGAGUGCACUGUGCUUUUAUUUUCUCCAAGCGCAUUGUCUUUUGCCAAAUGGCAUGGGGUUCUUUUGCCCUACUUAAAAUUGGCACUUUCUGCCACCUCCCCCAGUCCCGUGAAACACUGUGAAAUUUUGCUAUGACUGCACUGAAAAAAAAUGGGAAGAGCUGCUAAGGGUUCAGCUGGGGCCUGACACAGGAGGCCCUUUUGGGAUGCCUGCUCUUUUCCCUGCAGUGUGCUUCUUUGCAGAGGAAGGCAUUGCAAGUGGACAGAGUGGCUUUUUCACUGUCCAUCUGUUAAUGUUACUUAUCUGUCCUUCGUCCUCUCUUCAGCUUGCUUUUCUGGAGAGCAGGACACUGGCUUAAUUCCUUUCUUCCCCUUGUUUACAUAUGUCAGUUUUAUUUAUCAGGAGCCCCUGAUGGUGCAAUGGGUUAAACCCUUGUGCUGGCAGGAAUGCUGACCUGAAGGUUGGGUUGCUGAACUGAAGAUUGCCAGUUCGAAUCUGUGAGACAGGGUGAGCAACGUCCUUGCAGAUGGCCCCCUAGGCAACGUCCUUGCAGAUGGCCACGUCUCUCACACCAAAAGCGACUUGCAGUUUCUCAAGUCAUUCCUGACAUGAAAAAAAGCUCUAUUUCAGUACUUUGACAUGCUCCUUUUUGGAGAACAGCCCCUAGAAUGUGGACUGGCCACAUUGACUGGAGAAUUAUGGGAGCUGUCAUCCAAAAAAGUAACUUUUCCCAGCUCUGUCUAAUUUUAACCAUUCUUGUUCUGCCUGCGCCUUUUAUAGUAGUUUGAUCUGCAAGCAUCGGCAGACAAUACCGUGUCAUAGUUAAUGUUAGUUUUGAUCCAGAGGGCCCUAGGUUCAAAUCCACACUCACUGAAUGGUCUUUAUCCAAUCAUUCUCUCUUAGCCAACUUGGCAGACCUUUUCAGAAAAUACAAUGGCAUAUCUGCCAUGGAUGCCACCCUGAACUCCUGGAGCACAGAGGAACAGCUUGGAAUUAGAUCCACAGGUUGGUUGAGAUUUUGGAGCCAUACUACAAGUGUCUCUGAGAGUGACAGGACUGAGAGAAGGGUCUCAACAUCUCAGGAGACUUAUAUAGGGUGUGUGCAUGUUCACAUGUACCUAUGAGAGAGAUUCAUAUUGUAUCUAGAAGGGAGAUUCAUAAAACUUAAGAGGGUUCACUCAAAAGGGUUUGCCUUGGAUAUAUUCAGCAGUGUGUGAAUAAGUAUUUUAAAAAGCAUUUGCUCUGCCUAUUUAAUUAUGUCACAGAAUCGCCAAAAAUAUUACUACUCCUCAUGAACUAAAAUUGUGUAUAUGCCAUUUUAACUACAGUGUUCCCUCGGUACUUCACUUUUCGCUCCCUCGCUGUUUCAAUAAAUAUUAAUGUAACCAUUUAUCACUGUAUUUUGCUAUUUUGCGGGUUUUUGCAGUGUGCAAAGGGUUUUGGAAGGGGGGGAAGGGAGAAAUAAAGGGAGAAGGGAGAGUAGGGAAGGGUUAGAAAUAAAAAAAGGUUAUUUAGCUUCCAUUCUUCUUCUCUGCCGGAGUACUGUAUAUUGUAACUGCUAAAAUAAAGUACAGACUGCAUUGUA